AUGGUAUCGCAGGCUGUUGGUGCAAACAUCGCUAAGAGCGUCACUACAUCAGACGAUCAGACAGACUUGCAACAAGCUCUUUUUCUAGUGAAGCUCCUCAGAUCAGGUGGAGAGCGUCGCUUCCAAUAUGAUGAUAUGUUUGGGUCGCAUCCAGAAAAUAUAAAUUCGUCUAAAUCGAUAACUGAAACAUCAACUACCAUCACUACCUCGUCUCCUGUGAGUGAGAGUGUAACAGAAAAUGCUACAGGACUAUCAAUUUCAUCUACAUUGGUGCACCAUCAAGAAAGUAAUUUCUUCAAUCAUACUCAGACGACAGAGCACGACAGUUCAAGCUCACCAAUUAUAGCUGAACCCGCGCCAUCAACAAGUACAAAAAUAACAUCUCUAUCAUUACAUAACAUAACACAAGAUAUUAAAAAAUUGAAUCAUCUAUUGAUUCCUGAGAAAUCAUCACCACCAUGCCAAAUGCAACCUAUCUUCAACCCAGAGAUAUCACAGGCGGCGGUAGAAUUAGAAAAGGAACUUUCUUCUGGAUUUCAAAGCAAGAACUCCGCAUCAAAAAUGCGGUCUACGGCAUGGCGCACAUCAAUAAGAGUACACUUAGCAGUUCCCAAAAACAUGCACAAAGAUAAUUAUCAUAUUCAUUUAGUAAUAUUGAGGUGGAGUCUGCAAGCGAUGACUGCUUGGCGCGCGCAAGGAGGUGUUCCAAACGUCGCGGAGGGCGGCGGGCGGCGGGCCAGUGUGAAA